AUGCCGCACUCGUCGCGCAGAGCUCGCAAGCCAUACCAUCCCAAGCGGAUCAUAUCAGAAUCCGAGGAUGGCUGGUCUAGGGUCGAGCGUACGACACCUUCACGAUACGGCAGCACGCCUUUAGUAGACAGCUCGCUUCCGCCAGUCGAUCGAUCACUCACGGUGCAGAAGCUACUGGACGAGCAUACCCGAUGCAAACAGCAGUGGGCGAACAGUGAAGCGCGCCAAUGGCUCCAACAGCUGUUGGCAAGGCAGGUGGCCGAGGGAGGAUGGUCUUUGGACAAGGCCGUCUGCGUCGCUUUGGGCAGUCCCAGUCUGUCAUGGGCGAACCGUCUCAGGAGUGUUUGGCAGCUGGUCAUGUUCAUGGAUAUGGUAGAAAUGGUGCGACCGAAACUUAACCACGCCAACGAGCUCAAGCUCUAUGCUCAAGAGCCUCGCUUUACCUCCCUAGACCGAGAGUUCCUACAGUCCCUUGCUGUCACCGUCCUGGACCCUCCGCAAGCCGAAGAGCUGGUAGACGAGUCGACGUUUAUCUUCAUACCCUGCAUAGAGUGGAUGCUCGAGCUGCCUUUCAUGUUGGUUGCUGUCAAGUCACCGCUCUAUGUCAGCUCGUCCAUGCAUUGGAUCGCCGACGAGGCCGAGCGCUCCCGAACUCGUCUGACCAUAGACUUUAACAGCAACAAGCUUGUACUCAAACAAUGCGACGAUGCGAUCGCGGCCGCGAAGGCUGUUGUCAACACGCAUCACGAAAACAACAUGCCAGAAACAGAUUUCGCCGACGGCCACAGCCUUAGCUUGACCAUCUAUACUUUGAAGCAUCAAGACGAAGAUUGA